AUGUCAGAGCAGGUGCAUGGUCAGGGAGGUGCAGUCAUAUGUCCCAACUUUCCACUUUCGACCUAUUCCUGGGCUGACCAAUGGGCACGCCAUUACAGCUAUGAAUGCACCGUGACCGCGCAGGAGCGUCCUUACAUGGCGCGACCGUCGCGGACCCAACAGUUGCAGAACCCGAAGUUGAUGCCUAAGCUCUCCAACGAGACCCCCAAUGAUCUCCAACGGACGAGGAGCGCGGCCGGAAGAGGAGCCUGGAUGGAGACGGCACAGCAGAACCAUACUCGAAAAGAACUAGAUCUGUAUCGUCGCACUCGGCGAGCUCAGUCUCGACAAUAUCCACAAACCGUUCUCGCUCCGCAUCACCGGCACGUCAAGGACGAGAGGCAAAUGGGAGCGCUCGUCGGACCAGCUCAGUCUCCCCUGCGCCUUCAAAAUCCCGGAAAAGGCGAUACAGUGAUGCUUCAAAUGACUAUUCCGAUUCAUCUUACUCUUCCGGUGCGCGGCAUCGCUCACGAUCGCGAGAGUGGGCAGAAGAUCGGAAUAUCAGACGGAGGCGUCGCGAGAGUAGCCCUGAACAGCGUGGGCGGCAUCGCGAAUCAGGUCGCCACGGUUCACGAAGACGCCGAUCCCGCAGCCAGAGUGCGGACAAGAGUCAGAUCGCAAAGGAACGACGGUCGAUGA